UGAAGUUAAAUACUCAAUUCACGCGCUGUUACAGUUCUACGAUCUACACAAAUGUGAUUUAUUAAAUGGAAAUGUAUUCGGGUUACCACUUUUAGAAAAUGAAUAUGAUGAAGUCGUACAUAUUGGUCAAAUAUUGAAGAAGCAAAAAGAAGAGGAUGAGUCAGGCGAUGAGUCAGCGAAUUUUAGUAGAGCUGGGGAUUUUAAAUAUAUAUGCAGAGAAUCUCUCAACAGUCAUGUUUCGUCAAAAAGUUCUAAACUAGGACUGACAUGCUACAUGGAGUUCAAUAUAAAUCUUGGUUGGUACGUAAAGAUGGAAGACGUUCUCCUUGAACCACGCAUUGUGUUGUAUCACAACAUAAUCUCAGAAGCUGAGACAGAGGAUUUGAAGACAAGAUCUGUUCCUUGGGUUCUACUAUUCCAUAUAUAUAUAUUGACUUGCGUUCUCAUGUCGUGUGCCAACAGGCCAUUGUUGUUGCUUCUCCCACCUUUUCAUGAGGAUAUUUUCCAGCUACGCCGAUCGCUCGUGCAAUCAUUGGGUGAUGAUGGCCGUCGAGGAUACAGGACCAGUCAAAGCGCCUGGAUGUCUCAUCUUAAACACCCCGUUGUCGCUAAACUUGACAAGCGGGUUGAAGCACUGACUAGGCUCUCUGCCAAGAAACCUGGGUCUAACUUCUUCAACGAACCUUUCCAGGUUCUUAACUAUGGGAUAGGGGGACAGUACAAACCACACUUGGAUAGCUUUGUAUGUCAUUCCUAUAUAACAUUGUCAUUAGUUGUCAUUCCCAAAUCAAAUCAGACUUAUUAA